AUGGAGCGGCCGGCACAAUGCCCAACUUGUGGCAACAUCUACAUGGCAGACUCUGACUUCUGCAGGCAUUGCGGCAGAAAGCGCGACGCCUUUGACGACUUCCGUGAGUUCUGCACGGAAAUCAUCUCAGCAGCUUCCGAGAACUUGUGCAACUACUACGAGCGUGAAAUUCAGCACCUCACAACGGAUCUCGUCACUUGCCGGACGCAACUCGGCCGCUGUGCCGAACUCUUGGGUCAACAGCUUGCAAAGGAGCAGACCUACAGGGAUAUCAUUGACAAGCUGUCCGAGAGCAGCAUGCGGGUCCUUCAGAACGUGAGCAGCCCGCCGCCGGUGGACGAUGCAGUGAAGCGGCAGCUGCACCAGAUGCUGGAGGCGAUGCACCACCAGAGCUCAUCGUGCUGGCAGGACGAGAUAGGCCAGUUGCACGCGCACAAGGAGUUGACGGAGAAUCACUUGAUGACUUCUGCGGAGCUGCAGAACCAGGCGGAGGCGGUAAAAAAGGAGUUGGAGAAUAUCCUUGCAUUACUCAAGGAGCCACCCGUGCGUACAGCUAAGCCACAGCUUCCAGGUUACACACCCAAUGCAGCCCUGGCUCCGCCGCUCGGAUAUUCGCAGGGCCAAGCCAAGAAUGGCGGUCAGGCUGUGCCGCUGCCUCGAGUGCAGCCGUCGAACUGUGGCCCGUCCUUCACAGCAGGCAUCUCUGGAACGGGUCCAUGGAGAUGCGGAGCUCCAGCCGACCUGGCGAAGCCAAACGCCUUCCACACGCAGGUGGGCACAGCGCCAGGUGUGGAUCCAGCACGAACGAAAGCUAGCGAUUGCAUGAGAAGUUCCAUGUCGCGGGGAGCCGGAAGCCUCCUGGAUGAGCACAUAGACCCCGACUAUCAGCCGAGUGAGAAGGAGGUUGAAGAAUAUGCAGAAUGGCUGGGCAUGGACCUGGAAAAGGAUCGUGAUCUUUUCUGGAUUGCGAGGGCUGGUUUAAAAGCACCGUUGCCUGCGCCCUGGAAGCCCUGCGAGUCUGAAGAUGGUGAGAUUUUCUAUUUCAACUUCGAGACAGGUGAAAGUGUUUGGGACCACCCGUGUGACGAACACUACCGCAAAGUCUACGAAAAGUACAAGGCGAAGAAGGAGGCUGAUCGCACGCCCGGGAACGACGAUUCGAAGAGGUCGCCACAGCUUGGAGCGCCG